GAACAAGUUCAAACAUUUGCAAAAGCCAUCACUUCCAUUCAUCUUCAAUCUUCAAAUGAAGCUUUUUUAAUUCAAGAAAAUACUCAUGCUAGCACUAAAACCCCUCUUAAUUCUGAAAAAAGAUAUCUUUUUUACACCCCACAUACCAGAAAAAUAGUGAAGAGUUUCACAAGAUAGCUUAGCUUAAAGCUAUGGAGGCUGCUGGAAGAAACCUUCUUUCUUCACCACCAACUUUUUCUCAGAAAACCCAACUCAGGAAUUGUUCUUCUUCAGUUCUGAUGCUUCAUGAGCAUGCUGCUCCUGUGCUUUCUUCAGUGCCCCAUACUUAUUUGGGUCGAUAUGUUCCUGCAUCAGCUAUCGGUCCGGAGCAGCAUUUUGAGAAUCGGCUGCAAUUGCACCUAGUAAAGGAAGAGAAAACAUCCCUGGCAACAAUAGAUAGGAGGCUUGUGGAAGCUGCAUCCUCAGAAUUGGAAGAGAAUGAUGCUGUUGAUUCAGAGCAAAAUAUAAAUGCUUUGCAAGUGCAGCUACUUCAUUGGCCUGGUCCAUCAUAUUCGUUUCCCCCGUAUUAUCUGAAGGGAAAAGGACCAUUAUCUCCAAAUAAGGAACCUCUUCACAGUAAGGGAGAUAAAUUAAUGAACUUUGAACCACACAGUGUGGUUGCUCUUGCCAGAAAAGCUUUGUUGGCAUCAAAAGAGGCAGCUUUAUUAGCUGAAGACUCCAAAUUACUUGAUGAUUCUCAUUUUCCAAAUUUCCUAUCCACGCAUUUGGUUGAUGAUAAACUGAAAGAGCAACGUACAGUAAGAUCAACACGUUUUAUAGAGAGGCAGUCUAGAAAAAGGGGAGCUCCAAAGCCAAUACAAGAAGUUCAGGAGACAAAUAAUCGUUCAGGCAGGCCAGAUGUGCGGAGAAAAGUGAACGAAUCUAUUGAUCUAAAUGAUCCUCUUCGAAUGUUCCUAUGGGGUCCCGAAACUAAACAACUCUUAACCGCCAAAGAGGAGUCUGAAUUGAUUGUCAAGAUACAGAUCUCCAUGAAAUUACAAGAAGUAAAGCAUCAGCUUCAGAUUCAGUUUGCUCGUGAACCAACAUCGCUUGAGUGGGCUGAAGCUGCAGGGAUUACUUCUCGAGAAUUGAAAUCACAACUUCUUUCCGGCAAGAGCAGCCGUGAGAAAUUAAUCAAUGCCAAUUUGCGAAUGGUGGUUCAUAUUGCUAAGCAAUAUCAAGGACGUGGUCUCAACCUUCAGGAUCUAUUGCAGGAGGGAAGCAUGGGACUUAUGAAAAGUGUCGAGAAGUUCAAACCUCAAGCUGGUUGUCGAUUUCCUACCUAUGCAUACUGGUGGAUAAGGCAAUCAGUUAGGAAGGCCAUAUUUCAACACUCUAGGACAAUCCGUUUGCCCGAAAAUGUGUACGCGCUUCUGUCUAAAGUAAAAGACGCCAAAAGAGAAUGCAUUCGACAAGGCAAUCGUCAUCCAACCAAAGAAGACAUCGCAUCAUGUGCUGGAAUGAGUGUGGAAAGGUUGCAGAAUUUGCUUUCAAAUGUUAGAACACCACUUUCAAUGCAACAGUCAGUGUGGUCAGAUCAAGAUACUACUUUCCAGGAAAUUACUGCUGACAAUGCAAUUGAAGCACCAGAACUGAGUGUAUCAAAACAACUUAUGAGGCGUCACAUACGCGGCCUCCUAAAUGUCCUGAGUCCAAAGGAAAGGAAAAUAAUCCGACUUAGAUUUGGCAUUGGAGAUGGCAAACCAAAGUCUCUAUCCGAAAUAGGCGCUGUUUUUGGACUGUCAAAGGAACGAGUACGACAACUAGAGACCCGAGCACUAUACAAGCUAAAGCAGAAUCUUAACAAGCAUGGCCUCGAUGCAUAUUCCGAUUUGCUCUUUUAAAUCACAGUCUCUUCAAUUUACAUAAAACGACUCGAGUUGUUACUGUGGCUGAUGUAGCAGAUGUUACUUUGAAAUCAACAGUAGAUACAAGUUGCUCACAUCCUUGUAAGUAUGGAGCAAACAUUCAAAUUCCAGCGGAGACAAAAACACCAGGUGAUUCUUCCCAUCUAUCUUAGCCUUGAUCGACAAAGUUGCAUGUCAUAUACCUAUUGCUGAUGAGAGGUGAUAGGUAUCCCGUAGAGUCAGUCGAGGUGCGUGAAAGCUGACCUGGA